AUGGUGCUGGCAGAGAAUGGGGAUGCGCCCGGCAUAGAGGCGUGGUACAUGGCUGCGGAGGUGAAAGACCAGACGGCGGAGAAUCGCCGCACCCCGAACAAGCCGGUGCCACCGGCUGCGCUGGCGGACCUGGGUGUGCUGGCCUAUCACCUGCCACCAACAGGCGACUAUCCGCCCAAGGCAGUGCCCUGGGAGCCAAAGAGCGGAAUCCAGGAUCCGAAGCUGAAGCUGAUCCGGGAUGCAAGGGGCUACAACUAUGCGGACAUCAUCACGUGCUCCGAGGAGUGCCUUCCUGACUACCACAACAAGCUCAAAGCCUUCUUCGAGGAGCACAUCCACUCUGACGAGGAAGUGCGCUACAUCCUGAAGGGCAGUGGGUACUUCGAUGUCCGUGACGGCCAGGAUCAGUGGAUCCGCUUGCAGCUCAACGAGGGGGACUUGAUCGUCCUUCCGGAGGGUAUCUACCACAGGUUUACCAUGGACUCCAAGAACUUCACCCAGGCAAUGCGCCUCUUCAAAGGCGUGCCGGUGUGGACUCCCAUCAACCGACCGGCCGACACCCACUUGUCCCGGGAGCGCUACGUGGCCCGCUUCGGCCAGCUUGCUGAGGAGCAGAAGUUGAGAUCGGCGAUUGUGGCCUGCCUGAAGAGCUUCUUUCAGCAGGGCUGGUGCCUGGGCUCCUCAGGCGCCAUGGCCGCCCGAGUGGGCAGCGGCGCUCACGCGCCAGUGCUGGCCACGCCAAGCGGAGUUCCCAAAGAGCUUCUGGCAGAGGAGGAUCUCUUCCUGCUCGCCGGCCCUGGCGGCGGCAGCGAGCAACUGAAGGAGCCCACGAAGCCUCUGAAGGUCUCGGACAGCGCGCAGGUCUUCUCGGCCAUCUUCGAGAAGAGGGCCGAUGUGGGGGCCGUCUGCCACAUCCACUCCGUGGCCUCGGUUCUCGCGGCUGCCGAUGCGGGCGAGGUCCUGGAGGUGAGAGACCUGGAGAUGAUCAAAGGCCUGGGCGUCCCAGGUGAUGGGGUCCUUCAGGUGCCAGUCAUCGACAACAAGGCGCGUGAGCCGGAGCUCGUGCCCGACCUCCUCCGUGCCCUGGAUCGUGUGCCCAACGCCCCGGCGGUGCUGGUAAGGGAUCACGGCGCCUACAUCUUCGGCAGCACCGCGGAGAAAGCAAAGAUUGCAACCGAGUGCUUCGGCUUCAUCCUGGAUGUCCUGGAAAAGAGGGCCUCGGGGCGCACCUCUUCUGAGGCGCCGCUCAAGCGCCAGCGAAGAGGGCCCUCGGUGGUGCUGCUGGAUGUGGAGGGAACCACCACGCCAAUUACCUUCGUCAAGGACAAGCUCUUUCCUUUCGCCGCCGCCUCGGUGGACAACUGGGUACCGGCAGCCGGACCUGAGCUUUCCGAGGUGUGUGCCCAGUUCGAGGCGCAGUGCAUUGAGGAUGGUGCCGCCUUCGAUGCAACGGCUCCCAUCAAGGAGGUCAGGCGGCUCACGAAGGAAUGGAUCGCGAAGGACCGAAAAGUGAGUGCCUUGAAGGACUUACAGGGCCGUCUCUGGCGCUCGGGCUACGAACGUGGAGAGCUGAAAGGCCAGAUGUUCGAGGACACGCCGAAAGCCAUGUCUGCCUGGACCGCAGCGGGGCAGCGUGUCGCGAUCUUCUCCUCGGGUAGCCGGGAGGCACAGAGGCUGAUCUUCCAGUACUCGGACAAGGGGGAUCUUACUCCUCACAUCGCGGCCUACUUUGAUCCGAAAGCUGCGCAGGCGUCAAAACAGGAGGCCAAGGCUUACACGGAGAUUGCCCUGUCGCUGGGCAUUGACAGCAGCCAAGGCCUCUUCUGCACCGACGUCCUCGGUGAAGCUAAAGCCGCCAGCGAGGCGGGCUGGCAGACGGUGCUUUUGGUUCGCCCCGGCAAUGCCCCGCUGCCAGCAGGGCAUGGAUUCCGGGAGGUCCUUGGAGGGGACGACGAGGCACAAGAGUUGCCGAUCACAGCUGCCCUGGACCUACCCCAGGACCUGACGCCAACGCCCGGGGACGUACUCAUCGUUGCAGCGCCCGUGAGUUUCGACUUCGCCGUGCCAGUUCCUGAUGCCUCCUUGGAAGCCGACCUCCGGAACUGCCGCGACUUCCGGGACCUGGCCCUCGACCUGCCGUCUCUACAGCUGGGACCGCUCCCCCGGCCACGGUGCGCAGGCAGCACCAUUCAGUUCACCUUCCUCUCGCCUGGUGCUACUGGUGGUAGCUUCCGCUUUCGGGCUGUCUCGGCCUGGCCGACUCAGACGGCCGUGGCAGGCCAGGAUGCCUUCGUGGCUUCAGUGCGAACAACGGACGCAUCCACUGGCCUGACCCGCACGGUGUCAGGGCGUGCACCGCUUGAGGCAGCUGUGGCUCCGAGGUUCGGGGACUUUUCCUUGCAGCGUACUUCUGGAAUCCGGGCAGAUGCAGUGUCCAGCGUGGGAGACAUCCAGAUCACCUUCCGCCCACGUCAGAGCGCGCAGGCUCUGUCGCUCACCUCACGGCUGCAGGAAUCUUCCCGGUUGGGGAUUGUCCUCUCCAACGCUGACUUGGAGGUCACGGAUGGGCCGCAGCUGGUGAAAGAGGUUCUUGUGCUGCGGCCUGCGGCUUCGCACCUUGUGCUGGCUGCCGACUUUGCCGCGGGGCGGCUUUUUGGGCUGAGGUUGCGAAAUGUGAGGAACCCAGAGGUCACCGGAAACAUCUUUUGGACGUUGAGGUCCUUCUCGCGGCCGCAGCCUCGCGGCACUUUGGUAACAGCGGCCGAGGCCGCGGCUGGUCCAACAGUGGCUGCAGCUGCUGCCGGCCAGUCCCUGGCAAGUGGUGGCGUGACUGCCAUAGAGAGUGCGCCACCGCACGAAGUCGCGGCGAGCGAAGUGUUGCAGUGGCUGGACUGGACCACACAAGGCCGCGACGAGAUCGCCGAUCUGGAAGCCACUCCCGUGCGUGGCUUACUGCAGAUCGUGCCAAGCAGCCCCUUCUUGGAGAGCAGCUUCUUUGACUUCCCAGACACAGAGGUCGCGUUUUCCAUUGCGGUCCUGCCUGGGCAGGCAGAUGCAGGUCAACGUUUUCUUAUCUUUGCGCCCGACGACUGGCAGCUUAUACCGGACAGCUUUGUGCCCAUCCCGAACUUCCCAGAGGUGGAGGACCUUGGAGUUCUUCUGUGCUGGCAUGAAGCACCGCCCUUCCUGCAGCCUGUCUUCGUGCGCAAGCCCGUGUAUGCGCUGCGCUUGUUGCAAGACCUGCUGGGCACGAUCCCAUGCCGCUUCAACCCGGCCCUGAUGUGUGAGAACAUUGUCAGCUUCCGCUUUCGGGCCACCACCCCAGUGAGCCCAGUAGACUUGGUCCGCUGGAGGGCGGAGUCCAAUCAGGCCUGGCUGCUCCAGGUCGACAGCCAUGGAGGCGGUGGUUGCGGCCCUACCCCAGACCGGCUCAGCCCGGAGUUGACAAGGUUCACCAACGACGCACACUUCACGGGUUUCCUGCUCAAGGAGUCGCUUGUUCUGCAGGUCGUGGCCGAGCCUUACGGCAACAUCCCGCGCCGGGCCAGCAUCGUCGAAGUUCGCUUCCUCAAUCAGAACGUCCUGGACUCUCAUGGCUCCAGCAUCUUCGUGCGACUCGAGGCGCCCAUAGGUGUUGAGUUUGCCCUGGGCUGUUUGGCAGCCGUGCCGGAUCCAGACUACGCGGGCUGCGAAGGCAUCGGGCGACUGGCAGUGGCGCAGCGGACACAGGGGACCUUGGAGUCUGGCCAGCACACCCUCGUCCUCCGCGCCGUGAACCCAAUCCGCACACCGAGCUCGAACUGGUGGACCUUGCAGACUUUUGCGAACGUUACGGCCGCGGCGGCCCGACUUGGUGAGUUCCCAGAUGUCAGGCAGCGCGGACGAGUCAUGGGCUUCGAGCUCGCGCAGGCGUUGCAGGCAACCAUACAGCCCAGCAGCCCGGAGAAGGAAGGUUCUGUGCAGAUCUUCCUUUGGCUGAGGCCUACGAGCUACGUGCCAGCUGGCGGGCGUGUGGAGAUCCAUGCCGCGCAGGCAUUCGAGCUGUCCUGCACGCCUUCCUUCAUCCUGCUGUCUAUGCCUCCAGGAACCUGCACAGCCUUACACGCGACCUCGGGCCUGGAAUACACGGACGACCAUGACAUCAUCGACUUCCGCGUCGCGGAGGGCCACUUCCUGCUCCCGAACAAUGAGUACGAGCUCUCCAUUUAUGCCAGGAAUCCAGGCACACUGGACGGAGUUGUUUCCACUCGUUGGGGCGUGCUCCUGCGGGACGACCACGGCGAUGUGUUGGAGGCGAAUAUGGAGAUCCACUCCUACGCGCUGACAGCCGUUGGGAUGCAAGCGUUGUCGCUGCAGCCGAGCGUCUCAGUUCCCUAUGCGCGCAAUGAGGUGCGACUGCAGCUGAGCUUUCAGCGGCAGCUGUCUCUUACCGCGAUCAGCGAGGUUCGCAUCGAGGCGCCCCCCGGUUGGGACUUCCGUCCGCUCUGCAACCUAUACCUGGACGUGACAGGCGGCUGCGACAGCCGCUGCACGUUCCAGCUGCCCUACGCAGAGGAGCGUGGCCAUCACAUCUGUCCUGAGGCCAAUGUGCUCCUUCUGCUCCUUGACCAGACAGCAGUCAUCCAAGAAGGCGUUUUCGUUCUGCUGCUUGGCGUCGUAAAUCCAGCUGCAUCGCCCUCGCAGAACCUGUGGAAGAUCUCCCUGAUCAACAGCGCAGCGACUGCAGCCGACGAUCCCAACGCCGGCCAGGUCACCAAUCUCCUGAUCCCUGGAUUCUUUGUGGGCUUUCGCCAGUCGCUUCAACUGCCAGCCCUGCCGUUGACCGACGAAGCCUUUCAGGCACUCGCGAGCGGAAGCCGCCACCGGCCAUGGAUCAUGACGGCCAUGACUGCGACUGUGGGAUGCUGCCUCGGAUGGAUGCAUUAG